AUGCUGGAGGAAGGCCGCUCGGCGGUGUCGUCGUCGUUAUCUGAGGAGCCCACGCCCUUCUUGGCCUUCCGGGUGGACCUCGCCCAGUCGUGGUUGGGACGGAUGGGCCUUUUGGCGUCUUUCCCGGCUUCAGCUUCGGCCCCCCAGCAGCAGCAGGGCGUUGUUAGCACUCCUUUGGCGGCCUCUCAGUUGGAGCCGGUGUGUCGUAGUCGGGAGGAUGCCAACCUGGGAGGUAAAGAGGAGCAACAACAGCCUUGUGUGUGCGUGCUGGAGAUUCGAAGUGAUGAAGGGGGAGGCGACUGCGGUGGUAGUGGUAUGGAGAUUGAGCAUCGGUCUACGGAUGUGCCUCUGUUGGUGGGGAGGAGUAGACAGCCUCAGCUGUUAUGGCAGUUGUUGAAAGGGGAGUACAAUGCUGUGUCGAGGGAACACUUUGAGAUAAGGCCCAUAAGGAGAGAUCCUCAAGGGCCUACCGAGGGGGAUGCCAGGCUUUAUGCCUUCAAGUUGAAGUGCCUAUCUUGUAACGGAAUAACAUUGAUUGAGGGUGGAGGAGGAGGAGGAGGAGAGAAGCCAAAGAAGCACUUCUUGAGUCAGAAUGAUGCUGAGGUUGAGGUCUAUCAUGGUGAUGAGUUGGCGAUAGCUGGACUUAUAAGAUUCCUUUUUAUUGACUGCAUUAACCCGCCUGCGAGCGCAGUAGGCCGUCUUGUGUGCGGCCACUCUCUGCACGCCUUUUAA